AUUAUCGCAAUGUAAAACUUGUAGGAGUACGUAUAUACGUGAUCCUCUUUCAACACUGUGUAUUUAUUCUGCUGCCUUGAAUACCGCCUGUUAACAGAUAUUUGAGCAUUUGCUGAACAGAUUCCCUCUAUUGGAUUUACCGUAACGCGCAUCAUUGUACUGUUUGAUCUGAAUGGAAUAAAUAACUCAGCGCUAUAAAAUAUCUAAAUAUUGUAUCGACUGUUCAAGAAUUGAAAUAAUUUUGGAUAUAAUUGUUUAUGUUAUGAGCAUAUAUACAAGAAAUAUAUUGGAUUUAAGAUUAAAUUAUUGUCAACUAUAAUAUAAAGAUAUCAAUGGUGUUAUAGAAAUUCAUAUUAUUUAUAAUUACAUGUGCAUUCUAAGGAUGGCAAUGUGAUUAAUACAAAAACAACUACUCAAGUAUGUGCAUAUAAGAUGUCAGAAGAGUAUAAAAUUGGAAGGAACUCUACGCAAGCUUCUGACGAAGCAUUUCAAAUUUCGGAAUAUGUACAAGUGUUAAUAAUUGUUAUGUAUUCUGUUGUAACAAUUAUAGCUGUAGGUGGCAACAGUAUAGUUUGUUAUCUAGUGUAUGCUUACAAACGUAUGCAUACCGUGCCGAACUACUUCAUAGUUAACCUUGCUAUCAGUGAUAUCAUUAUGGCCUUAUUUUGCAUUCCAUUUACGUUUAUUGCCAAUCUUAUUCUCAACUACUGGCCAUUUGGGGAGACAAUGUGCCCAAUUGUUCUUUAUAUACAGGUUGUUGCAGUGUUUUUGAGUUCCUAUACCCUUGUCGCCAUGAGCAUUGAUAGAUAUAUUGUAAUUGUUCAUCCAUUUAAACCCAGAAUCACGCAAAAACAAACUGCUUUAACUAUAAUUGGAAUAUGGAUUAUUUCGUUUGCAAUUCCGUUACCAACGUUUUUAAAAUCACGUGUAAUAUAUCAUUCAAAUACAAGUGGACAAUGCUUAGAAACUUGGGAAAAUAACACUGGACAAUACACAUAUGGGUUGUCACUUAUGAUUUUACAUUAUUUUGGACCAUUGACACUUUUAUUGUUUUCUUAUUCUAAAAUUGGAUACAACAUAUGGAUAAAAAAUAUUCAAGGUGCAGAUAGAAAUAAAAGGAAACUUCAAUUAGCUACUGCUAAGAAAAAGAUGAUAAAGAUGAUGGUCACCGUAGUGAUAUUUUACGCCCUGUGUUGGUUACCACUUCAUACAAUAACACUUGUCGGUGAUCAUAACCCGAAGAUCUACAACAAUAAAUAUAUACCGAUAUUAUGGUUGUGUUUCCAUUGGCUCUCGAUGAGCAACAGUUGUUACAAUCCAAUCAUUUAUCUUUGGAUGAGUCCUAAAUUUAGAACUGGACUGCGUUUGGCUUUAAACAGUUGUUUUCAGAGGAAACAGACGACAUCAGCGUCAGAUGAAGAAAUCUAUCAAAAGAUACAUAUGAUAUUUCCGCGUUUGCGAUACGAGCUUCAAAUGGAGGAAAGUAUGAAAAAUAAUAACCGAACACCUAGACCUAAAAACAACUUUGAAGAUUUGAUGUCAGAGGAAUACAUGCUUCCAAACAGGAGUAUCCAUAGUGACACGUGAUGCUGUAAAGAUGUUCUUAUAAACUUAAGAGAUUCCUUUGUACGAAAAUGUAUUUAGAAUAACAAUCAUAAUAUUUAAAUUACAUUACCAAUCAUUUUAUGAAAUAUCGAAAAGACCAUACGAUACAAACUCAUAAUUUUCAAUGAUUUUUUAACUUGAGCAUACUGAACAAUUUAUCUGAAAUAAAAAUUAAUUGAAUUUCUAAAAACGUUGCUCUAUAACUUCCAGUAAUAAUUUGUAUGCCCGUUCUAUCUUGAUAGUGCGCAGCAAACUCAUGUGAAUGUCGGAUCUGAGCUAAAGAGAUCUCUGAAUAAAGUUUAAGCAUGUAAAAUAUACCGGAACAUUAAAAAAUUAUAUUUAAUUACUUUCUUUUUAUCCUUUUUCAAUAGCGUUGUUUACAUGAUAUGAAAACCAAAAAAUAAAUUUGCUCGAAAUAUUUUCAUGGAAAAUAAACUUUCCAUAACGCACGCACGCACGCUGGCACUCACAUAGCUCCACAUACAUGCGUGCACGCGCGCGCGUGCUUGUAUCCACACACGUAAAUAAGUCUUAUAACCAGAUUAUGAUUUCGUAAUUCUAAUUUCGAAAUUUACCUACCCCCGUGCCGUUGAUUUAUUACUUUAUAGUUUGAACUACAGGCAAAGUAUUAGAAGACAAAGUAGGAAACAUUUGAUAGAGGUUUAUUAAAAGCUUUUUUUUUUAGAUUUCGGAUUCCAGAUUUUGAAGAUUAUGUCUAAAAAACAUCUCCAUUUCAGACAGUAGUGUACUGAUAUUACCUAAACUGACAUGAAAGAAAAACAGAAAUAAGGUUGUUGUUCUACUUGUAGACGCCUGUUUGCAUUAUAAGUAAUCUGAUAUGCAGUUUUUUUGCAAACAACUUUAUCAUUAAGUAUCAGGUGAAUUAAAUUCUUUACAGAAAAAAAUGUAGCCAAUGUGUUAUUCUAUUACGUUAUCAGACUAUCGUGUACCUCUCAGUUUCCGAUCAUUUGUGCAUAAUUCCCAACCAUACGUCAAUUAUUGCAAGAAAAGCCGUUAUUCAGUUUUUUGGUAUCUGGCAUGUAGUUUCUAUUGGAAAUACAAACAUUAUCAAAAUAAAACUAUGGUAGCAGUUGCAGUAAUUUAUGUUGUUCUUGUGAUUGUUUUAGAACAUUAAUGCUCGUAUAAUUAAUAACACUUAAAAAUGGUGUAAAACGGGUCAGGGAAAUGUAUAUAAAUGUAUUAAGAAGGCGUAAACAUUUUAUUUAAAGGCGACAGAAUGUUACUUAUUAACCCAUACUGUUAUUGGACAAGUGAACAAGAUUUUAAUAAACCCGAUCAAGCUGGGUACUCACACAAACACACACAUCCCCGCCUCUAAAUAAACGAAAAUAGUGUUACAUAUGCUCUAGAAAAGCAUUCCCUAUUAUUUUAUUUAAAAUUUAAUGUUAUUAUAAUCAUAUCUCAGCAUAAUCAUUUAAUAUGUUAUUUACAAUGGAGGUGCAAUAAAUUCAAGCAGUAUGUAUAGUAUUUAAAUCAACUCAAAUUUUAUGCAAAACGUCUAUUAGAUUAUAAAGUACGCAAAUGUUCAAACAAAAAAAUAUAUCAAAAUUCCAUUGUUUUAAAUAUCAUGACUCCUUUCUUACGCAUUUUAAAAAUAUUGUGUAUACGUUCAUAUUUUUGUGUUGAGAUGAAAACACUUGAAAUAUUUUAAUGUAUGAAGUAGGGAACAAGUCAUUACAGAUAUUGAUUUAUCCUAUGGCCCGAUCAUUGCAAAGAAAUCUGUCUCGGAUCCAAGACUUUUAAUUUUUGAAAACUAAUUAAAAUAUCUCUCUUACUACAAUGUUUAUUGUGAUGUAAAAUGGAUUUUUAUUACGAUUUAUUGCAUUUUGAAACCUAAAACAAUUUUUUUCAUCGGUGUGUACACGAUGGCUAAUUAUCUAAGAUUCUUUUUUAUCAAAGAUAAUGCCGUUGAAAUGUGUUGAAAUAAAUUAUUUCCUGCACUUUUUUUGUCUCUUAAUAUGCAACGGAAUCAUUGAGCUUUUAUCAAUAUUUUUGCAAAAUAACCUGUAUUUCCUAAGAUAAACAAUUAUAAACAAGAAGAAAAAAGGGUGAAUCCUGCCUUGUUUUGCAUUUGGUAAAUUGAAGAUAUCUUGUUCUUUUCUGACUGGCAUUUCGCCAACAAUCUUACGAAUCGAAAUUGAAAUGUAAAAAAUUGUAUAACUUUGAUAUUUUUAAGGAGGUUAUUCGAGUGUA